CCACUCCGCCCCUCGCGCCGGAGCCGCUCCACUGACAGUCUGGCGCUCGAGCCCCUCAGCGGCGCCAACGGAGCCAACGGACCGACCCGAGCUUCACCUUCUUCAGGAAAACCGGACCGACUCUGCAGGAAAAGUGCUAGACCAUUAAGACUGACAUCUAACUUUCAAUGAUGGAGGGCAGUGGUAGUGGUUGGCCAGGUGACCCCAUACCCUCCUGUUGCCUGAGUAACAUCACCACGGAGAACUCCAGCAUUGGACGGAUAUACGAAGUGGUGGUACAGUCAGCAAACAGCACUAGAAAACGAAGUCCACAGUUUGUUGGAGUUGAGCUCCUUCAGUCAUUCAAACCCCUCAUCAUCCCCUGUUACGCCCUAGUAGUGCUGGUGGGUGUUUUCGGGAAUUAUUUGUUGCUGUAUGUCAUCUGCCACACCAGGAAGAUGCACAACGUGACUAAUUUCUUCAUUGGGAACUUGGCAUUCUCAGACAUGCUGAUGUGUGCCACUUGUGUUCCCUUUACCCUGGCAUAUGCCUUCAACCCUCGAGGAUGGGUGUUUGGAAGAUUCAUGUGCUAUUUAGUGUUCCUCAUUCAGCCGGUGACUGUGUACGUGUCUGUGUUCACACUAACUGCCAUUGGGGUGGACAGAUACUAUGCUACGGUCCACCCUCUAAAGAAACGCAUCUCUGUGUUGGCCUGCGCAUACCUCCUAUCCGGUAUAUGGAUCCUGUCCUGUGGCCUGGUGGCUCCAGCAGUGGCCCACACCUACCACGUAGAGUUCAAAGAUGAGGGUUUCACAAUCUGCGAGGAGUUCUGGAUGGGUCAGGAACGUGAGCGAUUGGCCUACGCCUACAGCACGCUUUUCAUCACCUACGUCCUCCCCCUUUCCGCUCUCUGCAUCUCAUACUUGUGUAUCUCUGUCAAGCUUCGCAACUGUGUGGUGCCUGGACAUCGCACUCAGAGCCAGGCAGAGGCUCAGCGGGCCCGUAAGCGGAAAACAUUCCGCCUUGUGACGCUCGUGGUGGCAGCUUUUGCAGUCUGUUGGCUCCCGAUCAGUGUCUUUAAUGUCCUUCGUGACAUUGAUAUCAACUUGAUCGAUAAGCGCUAUUUCCUGCUCAUCCAGCUGCUGUGUCACCUAUGUGCCAUGAGUUCAUCUUGCUGCAACCCCUUUCUGUAUGCAUGGCUGCAUGAUCGCUUCCGAGCAGAGCUGCGUAAGAUGUUCACAUGCCACCGCCGAAUCGGGAUUGGGAUACCUGCCAACAACUGCGCCACUGCAAGCGUAGUGCUCUGACAGAAAUGACCCAGUGUGGGGUUAAUGCCAGAGGCAAAAAAUGAGCAUUGGUCAGGAUCAGUUUAAAGACAUCCAAUGUGUAGGAGCAACUUGUUAUGCGUUUGAUUGAUAACAGAAACUCUGAAGUCCACACUUAAGUGGUCUGUUUCAGGUGCACAUGCAGUCCGUGUAAAUACUUGCUUCAUUUGGUGACAUAGGCCUGUUAGUAGAACCUACUGAUGGUUAUGAUGACUUGCAAUGGGACACUACUCCUUGACUAAAGAAUCUCAAGGACUGGUCCUAUGAUGCAUGUGCUUGCUGAAGGAAGGAACAAGUAUGAGGACAAGUAAACGGAUCAAUUAUCUUUAUUCUUAUUCCUCAGAAGCAAACCCUUGAGCUGAGAAUGAAACAGAGACACUACAAAUACGGGAACAUUCUUUUGAAGUGACUGUAUCCUUGAAGACAUUUGUCUUUGAACAGUAUUUCCACAUGAAACAACUGUAGACUUAAUUCCCUAAUGUAUCUGGAGGUCUGUGUGAGUUUGAAGACAUGAAAUGAAUUUAAGUGAAUCCUUAUAACCAAAAGGAGUGCGCAAAAGAUGUUUAAAAUGAACACUUAAAUAAAAUAAGAUAAAAUAAGAUAAAAUAUUAAAAAGAAGAGAAUUAUAAAAAAGUCAACUUUGACUUUCUUAUAUUUAUCUGUUAUAAUACCGUUUACAUAAAAAUACAAUUAUGAGAGAUAUCUGUUCAAAGAAACGUGAUUCGGCUUUUUCUUUUGCUACACUGCAGUCAACAUCACACUAAUUGCAAUUCAAACCCUUGAUUGAAAACCAACAUAAGGAAUUGUGGUUUUACAUGGUAUACAGAAAGACAUACCAAGCACAAAUACAUCAAAACCAUACUAAGUUUGCAAAACUGGUCUUCAUCGGGGCAGUGACACAAUCUCGGUUCCCUGGCCUAAAAAAAAGAAAAGAAAACGGAUUCAAGUAGGAUAAGGCUUCGGCUUCAUUCAUUUGCUAGUUAUCCAGUCAGUAAUGACUUGCUUCUCACCCCAGUAUGUGCUUUAGCAUCAUUAGAGACUCUGCAAGCAAGUGGACUAUCAGGGAAAGUCUUUUAAAGAAGGAUGGACAGAAAGACAUUAAGCAGGAUCUUGGAUCUGCCUUCAUCAGUACAGAAAUGAAUAAAGACUUAUGAUGUCUCAUGCUUGCCCUGCCUGGUUCUGAUAAGAGUACUUCUUUCUUCUCUGUCCAAACCAUAGUGUUUACAUGCCACUGAUACAUUGGCACUGGGAUGCCUGCCAGUGCAGAAUACUGCAUAUAUGACUAUAUAAUUACAAGGUAUUAUCACCUGCAGACAUUGUAGAGCUGGUUUAUGAGAUGAAAACAAGGAUGUUUCUGUUGAACUGGAAUGAUUUCCAACUGUGCUAAGAAUGAAUAUCAAUGAAGACAGAGUUCCUCACUUCUGUCUUUACUGUAGACUGCAAGAAACGAACAAUGAACAUCGGAAGAAUGUGCUGUCAUUCUGAUCAGCCUCAUCUUCUGUGUAUUUAAUUCCAUUAACAUGCUAAAUGGAUGUGUUACACAACAUGGCAUUAAUAAACUAAUGAACAUAUUGUAAAUCUUUCACGUCUAUUGUUCAGAUUCAUCUUCCUCAUUCAUGUUACCCACAGACGUCAUUGCUACAAUAACUGCAGAAUUCAAAAUCUAGGUUGUUUAAAACAGAAGUUC